AUGAACAACGCAAUUGUGGACACGGAAUGGGAGACGUAUAAGUUACAUAAACAAUUCAAGAAAACUUACAAAUCCAAUGCCGACGAGGAAACACAUUAUACACAAUACAAAGUGAAACAAAAUGAGAUUCUGGAGCACAACCAGAGAUUCAUCGCCGGAAAGGAGUCCUACUAUAAGGGCAUCAAUCAGUUCACAGAUAUGACUUUAGUUGAGGCAAAGAGAGUGUCAAUGGGUUACGGGAAUGGACUGAAAACCUCGCACCACAAGUCUGCGCGCAAACACGUGCCCCGACUGUCGGCCUCAUUGCCAUCAACUGUCGACUGGCGUACGAAAGGCAUCGUAACGCCGAUCAAAGACCAGGGCGGGUGCGGCUCGUGUUGGGCCUUCUCAGUGGUCGGCGCUCUCGAGGGACAGCACGCGAAGGCCGCCGGGAAGUUGGUCUCACUGUCCGAACAGAAUCUG